GCUCGCAUCUCUCCCGAACCAUUGACGCAUCGCAGCUACCCCACAUCUGGUAUGCAGCAAAGUCUGGUAAAUAUUUGUCGCGCCAGACUUUUUCCUUGUACCAACGUUUGUUUGACGAGGCCGCUGGCGACUCAUUCUUCUUCCUUGACUCAGAAAUAUAUCCGUAGCGCAGUCAUAGCAGCACACGCUACCCUCAAGUCCAGCACCCCGCGCGUCUCUUCCCUUCACACAUUCCCCUCCCAAUUCCGACCGCACACAGGCUCGCGGCCCCGUUCGCAAUAUCAGCUCACCUCAUACGAACACCACAACGUCAGAGCGAUAACGACGUCCAAUUCACUGCGACCUUACUCCCAGAUUGACUCGACACCCUUCAAGCCCUUCAGAAACCUCGACGCGUCGGCGCGCUCAUCAGUCAGCAUGGAGGACCUCACAAACACGCUCGCGACGCUCGGCCUGGACAAGGUCCCGCAGGAGCCAAACACAUACCCCGCCCUGAACCCAUUCGACAUCUACCGGAGUCACAUCACUGAGUUGUUGUCAUCCGUGUCUGGCGUAGACAAGCAGAUCAUAUACCCUACACUGGCAUGGACUGCAAAGCCUGAGCAUGGAGACUUGCAGUUGGCUGUUCCCGCGCUCCGACAAAAGAAGAAGGACAUGAAGGCCUUCGCACAGGAACUGGCAGAUGCGUUCCCCGAGUCGCCGCUGGUGAAGAAGCCGAUUGUUACCAACACCUCCAUCGGCUUCUUCUUCAAGCCAGAGACGCUCACAUCGCUCGUGCUGCCCAUGGUUCUCAAGUCCAAGGAGGCAUAUGGAUUCAACAAGAACCUUGGUCUCAAGAACCCGCUUGAUCCCUCCUCCGGCGCAAAGAAGAUGAUCGUCGAGUUCAGUUCGCCCAAUAUCGCAAAGCCUUUCCAUGCCGGACACUUGCGAAGUACAAUCAUUGGUGGGUUCCUCGCCAACUUGUAUGAGGGUGCAGGAUGGGAUGUCGUUCGUAUGAACUACCUCGGAGACUGGGGCAAGCAAUACGGUGUCUUGGCUAUCGGUUUCGACCUCUACGGUAACGAGGAGGAGCUCGUUAAGAACCCCAUUGGACACUUGUAUGACAUCUAUGUCAGGGUCAGCAACGUCCAGCACGAGGAGGCGGAGAAAAUGAAGGCUCUCAAGGCCGAAGCUGCGAAGCUGAAAGAGGAGGGCAAGGACGCAUCUGAGCAGGAGGCCGAGGUCAAGAAGAUCGAGGCUGAGGGCAUCGAUGAGCAGGCUAGGAAAUACUUCAAGGGUAUGGUUGAUGGUGAGCCUAAAGCGCUCGGUAUCUGGAAGCGCUUCAGGGACCUGUCUAUCGAGAAGUAUAAGCAGACAUACGCACGACUCAACAUCCACUACGACGACUACAGCGGAGAGUCCCAAGUCAAGGACGAGAGCAUGGACCUCGCCGCCAAGAUCAUGUGGGAGAAGAAGGUCUGUGAGGAUUCAGAAGGUGCCGUCAUUGUCGACCUCACAAAGCAUUCCAAGAAGCUUGGCAAGGCUGUCGUCAAGAAGAAGGACGGUACAUCACUCUAUCUGACCCGUGAUAUUGGCGCUGCCAUUGAGCGUGUUGAGAAGUACCACUUUGACCGCAUGAUCUACGUUGUCGCCUCGCAACAAGACCUGCACUUGGCCCAACUCUUCAAGAUAGAAGAGCUCAUGGGCAGGAAAGACAUUUCCGACAAGUGCCAGCACAUCAACUUCGGCAUGGUUCUUGGUAUGUCGACACGAAAAGGCACAGCCAAGUUCCUCGACGAUAUCCUCCGCGACGUCGGUGACAAGAUGCAUGAGGUCAUGAAGACCAACGAGACAAAAUAUGCCCAAGUCAAAGACCCAGAGCAAACUGCAGACACACUCGGUAUCUCAGCCGUCAUGGUCCAAGACAUGAAGGGCAAGCGUAUCAAUAACUACACCUUCGACAUGGACCGCAUGUGUUCAUUUGAAGGCGACACAGGCCCAUACUUGCAAUACGCCCACGCCCGUCUCUGCUCUAUUUACCGCAAGGCCGUAGACGCCGACCCUAGCCUUGCUGACCUCGACCUCACAUCCGCUGAUCUGAGCUUGCUUCAAGAAGACAAGGCUGUCGAGUUGGUUCGCCAAUUGGCAUCUUGGCCCGAUACUUUCCUCAACACGAUCAAGACGCAAGAACCCACCACCGUGCUUACAUACCUGUUCAAGAUGGCACAUGCCCUUAGCAGCAGUUACGACCACUUGCAGGUAGUAGGUUCGGAGAAGAACGUCAUGAUUGCUAGGUUGGCGCUAUACGUUGCUGCUAGGCAGGUGCUGUAUAAUGGAAUGAGGGUACUGGGACUGAGUCCCGUAGAGAGGAUGUAAAUGGGGAGGUCAAUAGAUAGGCGAGCUUGGCUCAGACGAACGAGGAGUUGUCGUAUGACGUAACAAAUAAAGUCAACAUUUACUGCAUCAACACAAGACACGAGGCAUGAGAUUCUAUCAACUUACAACGCUAUACAUCUAUACGAAUUCGCACAUUGGUAGCACUGAUCACAAUUAAGGGAUAUGGCGAGCUCGGAUGGAUGCUUCAUCGAUUACUUGGUGUUACAUACGUGGAGGUUUCUGGCUAGAUUUUACCAACUUGUAAACUAUGUAAUAUAAUGAUGUAUCAACAGGUAACUGUUCAACACAGCAUACGAAUCUGUUUGAACCAACCGGAUCGAGCAGCUGUUGAACUUGAAGACCGC